AUCAUGUGACCGUGUUCCCCACAUCCCGAAAAUUUCCAUCAUCUACAGUUGGUUAUUCUUCCUGGUUAUUUUGUGUCCAUUAUUAAAACAAGCAUUAUUUACGAAGGAUGAAGCAAUAAGGAUUAUUGUCUGCAAAAUGGUAUACUUUGGAAGAUUUAUAUUUCUUAUGCGGUCGGAUAACCUAUUGCGCACAAGAAAUUGCUUAUUAAAUUUGUACCAAAAUGCCUCAAAAAGCACAUUGAAUCAGUUAAAAGAUACAAUCUUGCCACCAAAACCAAAGAAGCCAGAAAGUCCGUUUCUUUUAUAUGUGAAACAUAUUAAAUCCAGAUUUCUCAAAGAAACACCUAAUAUGAAAUAUUCAAUGAUGUUAAAGAGAGCAUCCAAGGAAUGGACAGAAUUAGAUUUUACUGAAAAGGAAUGUUUUAUAGACCAAUAUAAUACAAAUUUUGAAGUAUAUAAGAAUGAAUUAAAAGAAUAUAAUGAUUCUAUUACCGAUGAACAAAGACAAUUAUGGAAAAAAAAGAAAAAAGAAUAUGAAAAAAAGAAUAAUGAUAAACAUGAAAUGCUUGGAAAACCAAAAAAACCACCAAAUGCAUAUUUUUGUUAUAUAUUAUCAAAGAAAAAUAAUAAAGAUCCAGAUAUUGCUGGUCAGGAAUGGUUAAAAUUAUUGGCCAUAAGUUGGAGUGAAUUAUCAGAAGCGGAGAAGGAAUCAUAUUUCACGGAAGCUACUCAACUUCAGACACAAUACCAGAAGGAUUUAGAAAAGUGGGAGAUGGAAAUGAUACAAUCUGGUCAUACUGAUGUUGUGAGAUGUAAAAUGUUAACAAAAUAUAAGAAAAAUACUAAAAAAGAAAAUAAGAAAUAAAAAUUAAAGUGCUCUAUUCUAUUUUAACUAAUUAUUUCUAUCCAAUAAGUUAACAGCAAUUUAUUUCAAUUAUAUUCAAUAACGUUAUUAUACAUUUCGUAAGUUAAUGUGGUGAUAAUAGAAAAGUAUGUCGAAUCAUUUAGAAAUUGCAUUUAACAAAAGAUUUAUAAACUUAUAAAUAAAUUUACCACACUGCAUAA